GGCAGCCGGCGGCGGCCGCGGGGAUUUCUGCUGCUGAGCUGAUUAGCGUAUGAUGGACGUGGCCAGUUGGAAGGAGAUGGAGGUGGCACUAGUCAGCUUUGACAACGCCGAUCAGAUCGUGGAGGAUCCCUGCUACUCCAACGAGCUCAGCCCCGCCGGGCAGUCGCGGAAAGGCCACCCCAGCUGCGCCAACCUGCUGUCCAACCUGCGCAUCCUCAUCAACAGCGAGAACGCCAACAAUGAGACCAUCUUCUCCAGGUUCUCCGCCGACUUCAGCGACCACCUGGUGGGGGAGAGGGUGGGCAUGGAUGAGGGGGACCAGCGAGUCAUCAUCAACAUCGCUGGGCUGAGGUUUGAGACCCGGCUCAAGACCCUGGACCAGUUCCCCGAGACCUUGCUUGGGGACCCGGAAAAGAGGAUGCGCUACUUCGACUCCAUGAGGAACGAGUAUUUCUUUGACAGGAACAGGCCCAGUUUUGAUGGGAUCCUGUACUAUUACCAGUCCGGGGGGAAAAUACGGCGCCCGGCCAACGUCCCCAUCGACGUCUUUGCUGAUGAAAUCACCUUCUACGAGCUGGGUGAUGAAGCCAUGGACCAGUUCCGGGAGGAUGAAGGGUUCAUCAAGGAUCCUGAGACCCUCUUACCAACCAAUGACUUUCACAGGCAGUUCUGGCUGCUCUUUGAGUACCCCGAGAGCUCCAGUGCAGCCAGAGGAGUAGCUUUGGUCUCCGUGCUGGUCAUCGUCAUCUCCAUCAUCAUCUUCUGCAUGGAGACCCUGCCGGAGUUCCGGGAGGAGAGGGAGUUUAGGUCCACCCAGGAGCUUUCUAAGAACGUGACAGACACCUUGGUGGCCCACAGCACCUUCACGGACCCUUUCUUCGUCAUAGAGACCGCCUGCAUCGUCUGGUUCUCCUUCGAGCUCUUCGUCCGCUUCAUCGUGUGCCCCAGCAAGACCGAGUUCUUCAGGAACAUCAUGAACAUCAUCGACAUCGUGUCCAUCAUCCCCUACUUCGUGACGCUCACCACCGAGCUGAUCCAGCAGAGCGAGCUCAACGGGCAGCAGAACAUGUCGCUGGCCAUCCUGCGCAUCAUCCGCCUCGUCAGGGUCUUCCGCAUCUUCAAGCUCUCCCGGCACUCCAAGGGGCUGCAGAUCCUGGGCCAGACCCUCAAGGCCAGCAUGAGGGAGCUGGGCUUGCUCAUCUUCUUCCUCUUCAUCGGCGUCAUCCUCUUCUCCAGCGCCGUCUACUUCGCCGAGGUGGACGAGCCGCAGUCGCAUUUCUCCAGCAUCCCCGACGGUUUCUGGUGGGCCGUGGUCACCAUGACCACCGUGGGCUACGGGGACAUGUGUCCCACCACGCUGGGCGGGAAGAUCGUGGGCACCCUGUGCGCCAUCGCGGGCGUGCUGACCAUCGCCCUGCCCGUGCCCGUCAUCGUCUCCAACUUCAACUACUUCUACCACCGCGAGACGGAGAACGAGGAGAAGCAGAUGCUGCCCGGGGAGGUGGAGCGGCUGCUGGCCAGCGUGGCCACGGGCAGCGGCAGCAUGGAGUCACUCAACAAGACCAACGGGGGGUACCCUCGAGACAAGGCCAAAAAGUGA